AUGAAUCCACAAAGAAUUAAACAAACGGUUGAUAAAUUAAGAUCAAUUCCUCUCCGACAACAUUGGGAUAAGAUUAAAUUUGAAGUUAAAUGGAGAUGGGAAGAUAUUAAACAUGAACAUUCUGCUGGUAUUCCGAAUGAUCCAGGUGAACCAGAACCUAAGAAAAUACCACUCUCUGCUCAACCUAAAAUAAUUCGUGAUACUCUUGUGGAUACCUUUACGGAAAUUAAAGAUGGAGUCAUGUACUAUGUUAAUAUGUUUAAAAAGAAUAAUGAAAGUUGGGAUAGUCAAUAUAGGGAAGAAGUUGGAGAAUCAAUGGUCAUUCCAAGAAAUGAUAAAAAAGAAAAUCAACAAGAACCCGAAAAACAAUUUACAAAUUCAUUACAUGAUUGGGAAAAAUUCCAAACAAAAUUUCAACAUAUUGUUAGAUCUAGAUUUAUGCUCGUUCAAACAUGUAUAAGGCAAUUUAUGAUUGGAUAUAAUGAAGGAAUGGGAAGAGAUAUUGAAUCAUUUAAAAAGAGGAAGGAAUUAUCUGAUUUAUUAGGAACAAAUCAAAUGUUUAAUAAGGAUCAAUGGAUGGAUCAAGUUAAAAAUGUUGCGAGUGGAAUUAAAAAGUUUAGAGAAGAAAUGCAUGAUAUUGCAGUGAUUAAAGAUGAUGAUCAAUUACUGAAAGAGGAUUUACAAAAGGCUGAGCUCAUUUCUCAGCAGGAUUCAAAAGUACUAUUGAAUAAUGAAAUCAAUGAAAAAUCACCAUCAAAUCAUGAUGAAACAAAUAAUAAUAAUAAUACUAUCCAAAAUAAAUCAUCUUAG